UUAUCAGCUGUCAGUCUACGUAUAAAUCUUCAUACUGCAAACACAAUCUAGGACAUAUUUUAUACCCAUGAAUCACUUGAGAUUUAUAAAAUGUGCAUUUGUCUGUAAACACGAUCAAUAUGUUUCGUAUAGCUGUUUUUGCAAUCGGCAGUGGAUAUUAAAGUAUUUUCACUCUAUUUAUUGAACUUAUUACGCGGAAGGAUUAUUGUGACAUAGGUUUGUAAGCUAGUCAUGGACAAUCACGCAGUGUGUGCACGGAAUCGUUGGUAUAUCGGGAGUCACGCAAUACAAUGGUGAUAUAAUAUAUAUUAUUGUCAUAAUAGUUUGCAAUGAUUUAAAGUUUUAAAUCAUUAUAUAACUUCAACGCAUGAUCUGAAGAUGUAGAUCUCUGUAUAUAUGAAACAAGCUAAUAAUAAUCAAAUACAAAAGAUGUGCCACAUGACAUUACCUGAAAAUCACGGUGCUGAUGGAACUGAGUAUCACUAUUUUGAGAGCAUCUGAUAGCAUGCCAAGCGGGAUUACCAACAGUGUAAGAAAUUCUCACAAGUAAAACAAAGGGCACGGACUGACGUUUAAGAUGUUCGCAAAACUGAGCCUCGUGUAUUUAUCAGUGUGCAUGCACUCAUUAGUGCUCGUGAUUUCUGCGAACAAUGUUGAACAAAUGAGCGAGUGCUCCGUUAAGAUUAAGGAAGGCACUAUCGACUUGUCAGUGUUAGAUAUAAAUUUGGAGGCCCAGUUAGGGGACGGAAGGGACGUUUGGAACUACACGUUCAACCCGUGCUUCCCCUUUACCCGACCAGAGAAUAUCGACGAGGGCUUUGGCGAUAAAUGUAUUGGAGUUGCGUUGUGUAAGCACAAGAUAGACAAGAAGUCAGACCGCGGGUAUUAUUACAACCUCGGCUACAAGGACCAGGCUUCAUUCGAUAUCAAAACACCGUCCCCAAACACCACAUACGUAAACAUAAUCUACAAAGGCUUCUGGUCCCGGAAGGGGAAGGUGUCUACUAUUAGGCUGGUGUGCGACGAGGAGCGGACGGACAUACAGGAUGCCUUGUUUGUCGUGCUCAAGGACCGGAAGUACAAUGAUCGAACCCUGGGGCUUUUGUAUGCAGAGCUACACCACGUGGCUUGUUGUCCGGACGGAUACCGCCUGACUGACGGUGUUAGCCAAGGGAACAAUACUGGACACCUAGAUGGAGUCAUAUCUUCAGAGGAGAAAGACAAUCGUAUUGAAGUUGACAGGACAAAGGUCCUGAUGAUCGUCGGCAUCAAUGUCGGGAUAAUUUUAAUGGCGGGAUGCGUGGGACUGAUGUGUUAUAACAAGAGGACCCACAUUGAAAUAUACCACAAGCUACCGGGCGUACGAACAACAGCCGAACCAACCCUGUGGCAGUUAGCAACCAGUCAGGACAUUGAACAGGGGCCACCAGGGCCGAUUAUCCUCUCUGGCAACAAAUCGAUUCAAGUGUCGUCAAAACUGGCUUACAGGGACGGGGCACCCCAACGACGUAAAUCUCUGUGUUUUCCUGUCCUCGAACACACACUUAUACCUGAAGAGUGCAUAGAAUUGGGGCAGAGACUUGGUGGGACUAUUUUUGGGGACACGUACGUGGGCGACUGGACGGGCAUUAAGAUCGCUGUUAAGCGUAUAACUCUCAGUGUUCACAAGUACCAGACGGACCCGCAAAGCCUGAAACCCAUGCAGGAUCUCGUGGCGUUUCUAAGUCAACAGCGCCACCGCAACAUUGUGUCAAUGUUGGGGAUGUGCAGUGAAGCGAGGCACCCGUACAUCAUAUCCGAGUUCAUACAGGGACAAGUCAUGAAGGACUUCAUAAAACAGGCGGGGAACCAGCUUACCUGGCCUCACAGAAUUAAAAUGUUGUCCCAAAUAGCGGACGGUAUGGCGUUUUUACAUUCCACCAGUCCACCAAUCUUACACCGUGAUCUGCGAUGUGGUAAUCUCUUCAUAACCAGCACGGACGUUGUCAAAAUUUGUGAUUACGGAGUUAUACAACUUAUGCAGCCAUUGAGAUCGAUAUGUAAAGAAGAAGACUGCUGUUGCCAAGGGCUAUACAGUGCGUGUCCCCCGUCAAUAUCCUGGACAGCUCCAGAAGUUCUUGAACAUCCGAACUCCAACGAGGCGGAUGGAUACAUCAGCACAGCGGCCGACGUGUAUUCCUACGCAAUCACUAUGUGGGAACUAGUUAUGGGUGACGAUCCCUACGAGGAAAUGCAUGUAGUUCAAGAGGUAAUUGAUCACGUGGUAUCUGGAGGAAGACCAGAGAUACCGAAAGACAAGAUGUUGAAACCGUACACAGGACUGAUGAAAACGUGUUGGGAUGCAAAUCCAAAUGAAAGACUCAGUUUCAAACAGAUUACCGUUCAACUGAAGGAAUUGAAUUAUCAAGCAAAAGCGUUCCAGAAGGCUCUAAAUCACCAUAGUAACAAACCACGAUCAAGACAAUCAUCAAAGACAAUCAGCUUUACAGACACUGUCACUUAACUAUACAUGUUGGUAUACUACCACAAGCAAUACGAGCAUUAUCUCUGUUGAUGUUAAAUUAUCUGGUCUUCGUUGAGCUCUUUUUUAAAUAACGAUCCUAUCAUCUACAGAUGACAUUAAAUUGUUUUAGUUCAUGUGUUUUUGAUCUGAUGUUUGUGUUUAAUGUUUGCAAAGUCAAACUAAAUUUGUGUUUACAUAUUACAAUGAACACUACAGGGACAAGCCCAGAAGUCGGACAUAAGGCACAUGAGCCACUGAACGAGAGUAACAAAACAUACAAGCAAAUCCAUUAUUUACAUACAAAACCAAAUUUUCGACAACAUACUAAUUUUAAGUGUUGUACUUAUGAUAAUGCAAAAAGUAUAAGCAGAACAUGCGCAGUCCCAGUAGAAAGACAUCCAACGCAAAAGCAUAUCCGAAAAAAAAUUGUAUUAAUAAAUGUCGGGAGUUGCCGCCCUCGAAAAAUAAUUUAUUAGUUUUAAGCUUGUGUUAUCCUUCGAAUAAUUAAACAUGAGGUAUUGUGUGAAAGUCUUGGUGUCGUUAUCUUCGUCUGGCAAAAACUUGGUCAUAACUCAAUACGAUCUUUUGUAUUCAAAUGAACCUUAGUACACACAUUGCCAGCAGCAAUAAGCACUUUUGUAGGAAGGCCCUUAACUCUGGCUUUGAUAUUUUUUACGUUUUUUUGACAAUGAAAAAAGACAGAUGGAUUACACUUGUGGUGCUCUUGUUUUGUUUCAUCUUUAUUUAUUUGACAACGUUUAUGAUGAAACUUAUAUUAACUCAUACCAAGUCACUGUCGUUGGUACGAUGAUGCGCGAGCGUGUGACCUUCUGUCAAGGGGGAGGCCGGUGUGCCCGAAGAAUAAACAUGUAUCCGGUUUGAACCAAGAGUUUCAAUUUGUUUUAAUCCAAAAUUGUUAAUUGUUUAGUAGCUCUUUCCUGAUCCUUACAAUUACAAAUUUUGAUUAAAACAAUAAAACUAGGGAUUUAAAGCUUAAAAAAAGCAUUAAUCAAACGAAACAAUUUCGUCUCCUAAAGAUAUUUUAUAUUGAUAGCAAUAUAUUUAAACACGACGUAGCAGUGUAUAUAGAAUGUAAAGUAUCUUAUUUAAUUACGUAAACUUCUUUUAAAUGGUUUUGUUAUUAAUUCAAGCCUGACUUAUUCUAUAAUCACGCAGUCGUAUACAGUAAUUGCAAUGUUAGAUAACUUUCUAUUUUAGUUUCUUCAUAGUAUUGUUUAAACAAUUUUGUAAGCCUUCUCUUUAUCAUGUAGGUGUAUGCACCAUUGAAAAUAUUUGUAAAUAUUGUUUGUCCUCAAGGGCCGUAUAUAAAAUAUUCUUCUAUAUAUUUGACAUUUCAGCCACUUCCUUAACACUUUUUGAAAGUGUGAUUUGUGCUGAAUCUAUAAUCUAUAUAAAUAUAUUGUGCAAUAAAAGAAGUAUAUGCAUUGGGAAGUUGUAUUGUGUGAUUCCAGCGUUAUCACUGUAUUAACAUGUUUAAUAUUGGUGGUACCAUUUCCAUACUCUUGGUGUCGUUGUUGUUGAUGAGUUUAUUAAGGCCUGUCUUGUUAUAUAAAAACAAUCUGUAACAAUGAUUAUCUAUUUUUCACAUUUCUUUAAAAAAAAAUAUCUUCGGUAUGUAUUUUGCACUCUCGGAUUUACUAGUUAUUGCUAUGCUUAGUG